AUGGCUCGCCCCUCCCACGUCCUGCCCCUGUUCCCUGGAGCGGCUCGGGACCCCCUGGACGCUCCGGAGGACCCUCUCCCUGACUACUCGUCAGACGAGGAGGACGCAGGUGAGUUGCAGGUAGGUAGGGCUUUUCUCCUCAUGCGUGGCCGGGACUUGCACGAGCCUUCUGAUGAAGAGGAUGAAGAGGAGGAGGACUGGGACAACGCAGACUCUGGCUACGACAGUCUCUCCGAGGAGGACGUCAGCGAAGAGGAAGACGAGGACAGUGAAGAGGACGACCAGCGUCUUCCUCCAGAGGACUUCUGGGCCGGCCUGCCCCCGUGGGACCCUCCUGCUCCAGCUGUGGGGGUUCCUCAGCAGCGAGCAGUGAGCCCUCCUCCUGCGCCCUGUCCCGUCUUUGAAGAGGAGCGUCGUCCAGGGAAGUCCAGGCGCCACAGGGAUGAAUAUGAAGAGGAAGAGCCCAUCUCCAAGAGGCCGCGCUUCUCCUACUCUGAGGACAUCGAGGAGGAGCCCACCCCCUCCACCUCUGCUGGGACGUCCGGGGGAUUCGUCCACUACUUCCAGCAGCUCCACCUGCUCCAAGACUCCAACUCAGACGAGGACUGA